AUGGCAGCUACCAGCGGAGCACACUUUGACUUUGUCAUUGUCGGCGGCGGCACGGCAGGCAACACGGUGGCGGGCCGCCUCGCAGAAAACCCCAAUGUCCGCAUCCUGAUCAUCGAGGCCGGGGUGGGCAACUCGCAUGAGAUUCCCGAGAUCAGGACCCCGGCGGUGGCCAUGGACCUGCGUGGCAGCCAGUAUGACUGGGCAUACAAGACGACACUGGUCAAGCGCGACGACUACGAACGUAUCGAGAAGCCCAACACGCGCGGCAAGGCCCUGGGCGGCAGCUCGUCGCUCAACUACUUCACCUGGAUCCCCGGCUGCAAGGCGACCUUUGAUCUAUGGGAGGAGUACGGCGGCAAGGAAUGGACCUGGCAGCCUCUGGUGCCGUACCUGCGCAAGAGCGCCACCUACCACGACGACCCCAAGCUGUACCUGCCGGAGCUGCAGAAGAUAGGUGGCGGGGGCCCAAUCGCCAUCUCGCACGCCGAACUCAUCCCCGAGAUGGAGGGGUUCCGCGACGCCCUGACCCAGGCGUGGACGUCGAUGGGCGAGCCGAUCAACGAGAACAUCUACGACGGCGACAUGUAUGGUCUCAACCACUGCGUCGCCAGCAUCUACCAGGGCCAGCGGUCCGGCAGCUUCCUCUUCGUGCAGGACAAGCCCAACAUCACGAUCCUCGCCGGCACCCACUCCAAGCGUCUGAUCAUCAACGAGGCCGACAAGAUCUGCAAGGGCGUCACCGUCGUCGACGCUUCAGGCCAAGAGCUCCACUUGUACGCCGACCGCGAAGUCAUCCUCUCCCAGGGCGUCUUUGAGAGCCCCAAGCUGCUGAUGCUCAGCGGCAUCGGCCCCGCCCGAGAGUUGCAGAAGUAUGCCAUCCCUGUCGUGGUCGACAACCCCCACGUCGGCCAGCAUCUGAUCGACCAUCCGGGCGUGCCCUUUGUCCUCGAGGUCAAGGACGGAUUCGGCAUGGAUGACCAGCUCCUCCGUCCGGGCCCCAAGCACGACGCUGCCGUGUCGACCUACCAACAAAACCACACCGGCCCCCUGAGCUCAGGUCUCUUGGAAUUGGUCGGCUUCCCUCGCGUCGACAAGUAUCUCGAGAAGGACCCACAGUACCGCCAGGCCAAAGCCGCCAACGGAGGUCGCGAUCCCUUCUGUCCGCUGGGCCAGCCUCAUUUCGAACUCGACUUUGUCUGCGCCUACGGCUCCGCCUUCCAGUGGCACUUCCCGGUGCCCAAGAGCGGCAACCACAUCACCGUCGUCGUCGACCUUGUGCGCCCCGUAUCCGAGCCCGGCGAGGUGACGCUGCAGUCGGCCGAUCCUCUCGUGCAACCCAACAUCAACUUGAACUUCUUCGCCAAUGACCUCGACAUCAUCGCCAUGCGCGAGGGCAUCCGCUUCAGCUACGACGUGCUCAAGAAAGGUGACAAGUUCCGCGACGUCGUCAUCCAAGACUAUCCGUGGGACAUGCCUCUCGAUUCCGACGUCGACAUGAAGCGCGCCGUCUUGGACCGUUGCCAGACUGCCUUCCACCCCUGCGGCACCAAUCGUCUCUCCAAGAGCAUUGAACAGGGCGUGGUCGAUCCGGGCCUCAAGGUCCACGGCAUCAAGAAUCUGCGUGUCAUUGAUGCUUCGGUGAUCCCCGUCAUUCCGGACUGUCGCAUCCAAAACUCGGUCUACAUGAUCGGCGAAAAGGGCGCCGACAAGAUCAAGGCCGACCACCAAGAUCUUUUCGGCCUGCCGGCAUAG